ACAACAAGAAGAGUGCAGAGGAACAGUAGGGGAAGAAUAGCAUCGGGAGACACGGAUGUAAAAGUGACCUACCCAAUCACAAAGUGAUGACAGCCUUUUUUUAAUGAGAGUUUUUUUCCACAACUUUUGAGGAAUAUUAUUGCACGUGACGAAUGCGGACAUAUACUUAGCAUUGGAAAGCAAAACAACUGAGAGGAAAUGGCUAAUCUUCACCUGAGAUACCUCCUGGUGCUGGCUUUGUUGCACGUUGUUUCAUCAUCUGGUGUGUUUGAGCUGAAAAUCAACUCGUUCCACACGGCGCAGCGCAUCUGCAGGCGACACCGGGACUGUCACAUAUUUUUCCGAAUUUGCCUAAAACACCCAGAGGAUGUGAUCUCUGCGGAGCCACCAUGCACCUUUGGCACUGGACACACCAACGUCAUCAGGGCCGAUCAUACCUCCAUCUCAAGCAGCGCUCCCAUCAGGGUGCCCUUCCACUUCAAGUGGCCGGGAACUUUUUCGUUGAUCAUUGAAGCCUGGAACGCCGAAUCCCCGACUGAAUACACAGAUGCCCCUUCCCCAGACAACCAAAACAACCUCGUGAGCCGCCUGGCGACCAGGAGGAGGCUGGCCAUCGGCGAGGACUGGUCCCAGGACGUGCACUUCGGCGAGCAGAGCGAGCUGCGCUACUCCUACCACGUCUUCUGUGACGAGUACUACUUUGGGGACGGUUGCGCCGAGUACUGCCGGCCGAGGGACGACACGCUGGGCCACUACACCUGCGACGAGGAGGGCAACCGCAUCUGCCUGCAAGGCUGGAAGGGGAACUACUGCUCUGAGCCCAUCUGCUCGGCGGACUGCAGCGAGAGGCACGGCUACUGCGAGGCCCCGGGGGGCUGUACAUGCCGCAUGGGGUGGCAGGGCCCCUCCUGCAAGGAGUGCGUCCGUUACCCAGGCUGCCUCCAUGGGACGUGCAGCCAGCCGUGGCAGUGCAGCUGUAAGGAGGGGUGGGGGGGGCUCUUCUGCGACCAAGACCUGAACUACUGCACUAAUCACAAGCCCUGCGCCAAUGGAGCCACUUGCACCAACACGGGGCAGGGCAGCUACACCUGCACCUGCCGGCCCGGCUAUGGGGGCACCAACUGCGAGCUGGAGACCAACGAGUGCGACAGCAACCCCUGCAAGAACGGAGGAAGCUGCAAUGACCUGGAGAACGACUACUCAUGCACCUGCCCGCAGGGCUUCUACGGCAAGAACUGUGAGAUCAUCGCCAUGACGUGCGCCGACGGGCCCUGCUUCAACGGCGGUACCUGCGUGGAGGCCGUGACCGGUGGCUACACCUGCCGCUGCCCCCCCAGCUACACCGGCUCCGACUGUGAGAAGAAACUGGACCGCUGCAGCAACAGGCCGUGCCUGAAUGGUGGGGAGUGUCUGGACCUCGGCCAGAGCGUCCUGUGCCGCUGCCAGGCGGGCUUCACUGGUGCCAACUGCCAGGUGAACGUGGACGACUGUGCCUCGACCCCGUGCCAGAAUGCCGGCACCUGCCAGGACGGCGUGAACGACUAUACCUGCUCCUGCACCCUGGGGUACACCGGAAAGAACUGCAGCGUGCGCUCCGACGCCUGCGGCGCCCGCCCGUGCCAGAACGGCGGCACCUGUUUCACCCACUUCACUGGGCCCGUGUGCCAGUGCCCCAAGGGCUUCAUGGGUCCCAGCUGUGAGUUCACGCUGCAACCCAGUUUCAAACCGGCUUUGCGCCAGACCUCCCAGCCCUCCUCAGCCACCCUCACCGUCUCCUGCAUCCUGGCUGUGCUGUCGCUGGUCCUGGUGGCGGGCAUCGUGCUCCUUAGGAGGAGGAGGAGGAGGGGGCUGCAGGGGAGGAAGCAGCUGAACGACAGUGCAGUGUACAACGACUUGGAGACAGUCAACAACCAGGGAGGGAGCGAAAGAGAGGCCUUCCUUGGCCCCAACGGCCUUUUCAAGAUCAGCAACGGCACGGCUCGCCUCAGCCUCUCCCUCUGCCCGGACGGGAGAUCCGGCUACAGGCAGAGCAGCGCGGACAGCAGCCUGGCCAGAGGCGAGCGCCAGGACUUCAUGUGGAGGGACGAGGCCGGCCUGGGCUCCGGUGCAGGGCUGAGAUGAAACCCGUCUAAAAUAAAUAGCAAUACUAGCACUUGCUCCUCGCUCUUCCCUCACAGUGAAGAAAAGGAGUGAAUCCGUGAGAUAAAAACCACUCUGCUCAUGCAGAAGAUAAUGUACCAUUAAAAAUGUAAGUGUGAGAAACAAAAAUGUUGACAAAUGAACUAUUCUGAUGAAGACGAUUUACAAAGAUUAUGGAAAAAGUAUAUGGGGCAAAGCUCUUCCAGACCCAAAGAAACAAGUAAUAUGAGCCACUCUUCAUAGGACCUACAACUCAAACCAAAUGCAGGAAGUCACCACUCUUUGGAAAACCUGCCCCAAAAAAUAUGUUCUCUUGGGUAAUUGUUUUUAAUAUGUUGUUGUUGUUUCUCAUUUAUUUUUUUAAACAUUAUUUUGUUUUGCUUUUCAAUCUUCCUUUGGACAUUAUUUCCUUAUUGUGCGUACCAUCAUUUUUAUUCUUUAUAUUAUUUAUUUAUUGGAAAAACGUAUGUUCAAGGCUUCACUUUGAUUGUCACAGAUGUAGAAAUAUAUAUUUAUAUGAUGCCGAAUGAAGGCCGACGCUUGAUGUUGUACCUGGAUGUUUUAUAGGGCUCGGACAGCCGUGUUAAAUAUCCCAAAGAUAUUUAGAUCAGGUAAAGUAUGAAACGCAAAGUCUGCCAUUGCUGUAAUUUAUAUUGAUGUAGCUUAUAUACUACUGGUCACAUUGCUCCUUCACGUGCCAUUUUGUGUUCUUACCAAAGUUUUUGUUAUGUUACAUGUUUUCAUUCACGUUAUUUAAUGUCAUCCUGUUGUUGUUGUGAUGUGGAAUAAAAGAUUCGCUUUGAUGCGACUCUGGA